UCACUGCUAAGCCGGACCCUCCUCUGCUCUCUCAGCAAGUCAGACACCAGAUUGCACGAGCUGCACAGGCCGCACUGUGGCCCAGUGCUUCGGCCUGCCAGCAUGGACCUCCUGCACCCAUCCUGGCUGGAGGUCUGCAGGGGUCCCACCAGGCUGCAGGCAGCACCCCGAGCCUUCCCACCCCAGGAGCCACCCUGGACCCUGCCUGCCACCAUGCCUUCCAUCAGCCCGGAGGCCACCUAUUCCAACAUGGGGCUGGCAGCCCCUCCCAGGGCCAGCCUGGCAGCCAGGCCUGUGGUGGCUGAGUAUGCCUGCAUCCAGAAGCCCAAGGGGGCAGAUCAGGACCCCCAAGAACUGCAGCUGGGAAAGGCUGAGGUGGCCCCAGACACCCAGGUGGACACCCUCUACUCCAGGGUCUGCAAGCCUAAGAGGAGGGACCCAGGACCCACCAUGGACCUGCUGGACCCCAAGGACAGGGGCAUGACUCUGGCCUUGGGGAGUGAGGAGGCCUGUGAGGCCCUACCGUUCUGGCGCAUGGGUGUGAACAGCAGUCCCCUGGAAAACGUGUAUGAGAGCAUUUGCGAGAAGGGGGUCCCAGAGCCCCCAGCUCUGGCUGUUAGCAUGAGUGGACACAGGCAGGGCAGUGAGGCUCCUGGCUGACACCUGCCUCCGCCUUCCCCUUCCUGCCCAGAGCACUGCAGUACCUGUGUUCCUUCCUCCACAGUUAGGCCCCUGAGGUUCCAGCGGCUCUGACAGCCCGUGCCUCCUGCCACGGGGAAGACUCACGUCUAAUAAAUGGCAAUCGCCAGAGCAUGAACACC